CAUCUCCUUCUCUUACUCACUUUCCCUUAAGGUCUCUCUCUACUUCAUCUCUCUACAUAUCACACACUCUCUCCUUAUUCGGUGUUGUCUUCAUAUUUUGUGGUUGUGCUGUGGUUGUUUGACUGUGGGGUGAUGUUUGAUUGUGGCUGAUGGCCGACUUACACCAUGUGUGUCUUGGUGGAUCCAAUUUAUCCUUCAUUCCGUUUAUAUGAUUGUAGAAAGAAAAAUGACAGCAUUUCUCACGAAUAGAAUCUUGUAAAGCAGCGUCGACAUUGCUUUCAUAAGAGCUAGGAACUUUUCAUACUUGUGUUAUUGUUAAUAACUUAAUAUGCAUCGGUUUAUCUAGGUUACAACUAGUAAAGAAGUUAAUACUCAUUUCCCCCUCUAUACAGAAAAUAUUCCAAGCCCUUGCCCUCCUAGAUUACGAAUUUGAACUGACAAUUGUAAGAGAAGAAAGAGGAAUAACAUAUUGGUGCAUUCAUAAUGAUAUGAGGGAACUGGAUUAUGAUGGCCAAUGAGGUGCUGAUCGCAAUGACGGAGCCCAAGAGGAUGGCGAGAAUUUGAAGAAUUUUGUGAGCAGAGAACGAUUCGUAUUUGCGCUCUCUGAGUCCCCUGGAGAUUAAAAUUGCCAAUUGUAUGGCGAUCCCGGGACCGAGCACUUCGCAGCGGUACGUACCCACCUUUCGAGGUUUCGUCGCCGGCGUUCAUUUCUCGGCGACAACUCCGGCGAGCUCCGAACGUGAUUCAGACUCCGUAGGAUUGUUCCUGGACCUCUACUGGUCCUAACCGACCUCUUAGAAUGAAUUAUCUCCACCGCUCUGUCGCACACCAUUUCUUGAUCAGCUGGCGGUGACGAAUUAGCUUCUGCGGCGGGCAGGAUGACGGUGGCGGUCUAACUUCUUUUUUGGAGGGAGUGGGCGAGAGAGAAAUGAAAGGAAGGAAUGGGGAUGGAAGGAAUUUUCCCCCCUUCCUUUUGGGUAUAAAACAAGAAGGAUGGGGGAGUGGGAGUCAGUGUUAGGUGGAGAAUGUCAAGGUUGUGAUGAUGGUGGGCGCAUUUUGCCAAAGGCGUUCACUUUUUUGCACUGUGUAAUAAGAGUUUGUGGUAAAGCUUGGCGCUUCGAGUUCAGGGAUGGCUGUUCAUGGGAUUUCGAUGAAGAGUGGCUUGGUAUCUGAUUAAUACAUUGAAGGUUAACAUAUCGAUUAUGGCAGGUAUGUUUAGAAUGGAAUUGCUAAGCCAAGUUUAGAAAGGAAUGGAAAUUGCUGUCUGUAUUUUCUCAACUUUCUUAUGAGUUUGCGGAUGUAAAUUGUUUGCUCCAAUGAUCCACUUCUUUUGGUCCAGCAUGCAAAGUUUCAAUGGAAUUAAGUUGGCGACAGUAAUGAUUUGUUGAGGAAUGGCAACUAAGGAAUAGUUUGCUGUUCUGGUUUCCACUGUAAGUGGGAGAAAAACCACAUCACCUACACUAUGCAGUUUGUUGCAAAAGGGUUAUGAGCCUUUCUCCCACUGAAUUAUUUUGUUGCCUGCAACUCUUAAGUGUCUGAAACAAAUUUGUGGUUGCUAUGGAUUGGUACUGAUAUCACUAUGAAGCAGAUGGAUUUGUGUGCCUGGCUUUAUGAUAGCAUAUAAUUAAGAAGAACAUCUUCCUUCUGCACUUUUCCAGGCAAUGGUGGUUUUAGUGGUGUCCCUUCAGGUUAGGACAAGAAUUAUUUGAAAAAGAUGUCAUAGAGGCAAUCUCUGUCUAUUAGCAUUCUUCAUGAAUUGAAAUGGUGAAAAGGGUAGUUAUAGAGUUUUGCCUGUGAGCUGCCAAAUUUUUUGUGCAAAUUGGCUCCAGGAGACUUCCACAGUUCCACUGGUCAACAAUGUUUUGUGUGAUAAAAAAGGAACCACCUGGUUUGUUGUGAACUUGUGAUGUUGAAAUUCGUUCUAUUCUAAGGCUAAUAUCCUCCUAGAAUUGGUUUCUCAUUCUUCAUAUCACAGUGAUGGUGCUUUACAUUGUAUGACUGUGUACUGAUUCAUCUAGUUUCUCAAUCCCUUAAGAAGAGCAUUUGAGCUGAUGGUAAUUUUGUUUGAAGUGUUUAGCCUUCCUUAGUAGAGCAAGUUCCAGACAUGCAGGAGUUCUGUUCCCAUCAAGAUGGGAAUAUGUUCUUGACUCAAGAACAACCACCAGGUACAGCUGAUCUUCUACUGCUGCUUGAAGAAUCAGAAUCUCGAAGGAGAAAGUAUGAUGAACCACACAAUUUCCACUAUUGUAAGUGAUAUUUUAAUCAAUAAGUCCCUCCUCUACCAGCUGAAAGUAGCAUAACCUGAUCGACCCUUAUCAAUGUUAUCAGUUCUAGUUUGUUAUUCUCUUGCCAAUAUCUCUUUGCUUGCUGGAGAAGCCAGAAGGUGAUAAUACGAAAGCUCAAGUUGCAGAUGACAAGACGAAAAAGCGUCACGUGCAAACAAGAAUGUUUCCUGGUUAGUCCCUAACAAUCUGAGGCAUAUUGGCAUGCCCAGGUUUCCUUUUCUAACACAAGAUCAUUGUUAGGAAACCAUAUCUCUUGGAUUAGAGCCGGAGAGGUCCCCUUAUGGCUUUUGUUUAAGCUAAAUUAAUGGAUGCUAAUGGGUUGUGAUUUUGGUGCUUCUGGAUAGGAUAUGUUGUGAAGGAACUGAUAUAGAAUAGUACCCAAGUUUUAGUUUUGUGGGUUAGGUGAGGGAUUAGAAAGCUUCAAAAAAAUUAAUGGGUUUUCUAGCUUGAGAUAGGCUUUGGUAGAUGAAUGCUGUCUCCCUUAACCUUUUUGUUUAACUGGAUUCUGGCUUGUGGUGUUAAAUGGAUGUUUGAAGUUUAUACAUCGUCCAAUAGCUACUCAGCUAAUUGCACCUUUGCUUAGUAUUUGCAAUAUAAUAGUAAAGACAAUUUUUCAUUCUCUUUGUGUAAAGUUGUAACUGGUUUUUAUGGGGACAGAGAUUCAAAGGUGCACCAAUUGUUGGCCUCUCGCCAAAUGAAUUGCUUGUUUCAUUUCUAAUGAAAGUUCAGAACUUGUGGGCUCUUUCCCAAUGAUUUAAUACAUACUUUCAUAACUUGUUCACUUUUACAACUUCUCAUACUGAAACCAAAGCCGAAUAUUAAGAUAUCUGGAAACUGUGGGCUCUUUGAACAUGGACAUACUAAAUUACUAAUGGUUGGUUGUCUUUUCCUUUUUUAUUCCUUUGGGAAUUGUGGGAGAUUUGUCUUUGUUCUUUUCUUUUUUCUUCUGUUCCUUUUGUCUGUAUGUUGUUGUGUUUUUGUCAUCAAACUAACUGAAAGUCCAACAAUAGGCCUACGAGUCAACAGACCAAGCAAGCCAGCCAUUCCAUUUCCACAGGUUGGUUGGGGGGUUCAUCACACCAUAUAACCCAGAAAGCUCAAUCCACCAUCUACUCAUUCUGGUGUUUCUCCUAACUCCUAAGAAAGCACAGGGGGGGAAGAAACCGGGCCAUGGGUCGUGGGAGCCGGUCUAAGGCAGGCAAAGGCAGAAGUAGCACUAGCUCUGCCUCUCAAGAGGUUAGCAGCCGUGAAUGGGAGGUGGUAAGAAUGAAUGAACAAGAAGAAGAUCUCAUCUCCAGAAUGUACCGGCUCGUGGGUCAAAGGUGGGAUUUGAUUGCUGGACGAAUUCCAGGGCGAACGGCAGAGGAAAUUGAGAGGUUUUGGAUCAUGAAAAACCGUGGAUGGGCUUCUGCAGAGAGAGAAUCGUUUGAUACAAACUUGAAAGAAUGAAAGCUUAGCAGCAGGCUCAUUGGAAAAUGUAGUUUCAUGGCUUAGUUUUAGCUUCUUGGUUACCCUAUCAAUCGUUUCUGGGUUUUCUGCGAACCCUGUUUAGCAGUUUAUGGCUAAUGAUUCAUAUUCAGAUGCGGCCAUGCUGUAAUGCUGUCAACGCAAUCAUCUUCCUUUUCUAAUUGAUCGCGCAGACAUAACAAACAAAACUUGUAUAU